UACAAAGGCGCCACAAAAGUUUUUCAGCGCCACAAAUCUCUGCAGGCGUUGAUGUACUUGUUUUGGUACCAAGGUUAAGUCAUUAAUGUUCCAUUCGUCAAACCUUUUAGGGUGCCGGCGUGACAGUAAUGGUAAAUGAUGCUGUUUAAUUACAGACACUCUGGAAUGUUUCUGUCACCAUUCCAAAACCCAGGUCGGUUUCCUUGGGUUCACAACCACAAAACCCUCUUGAGUCUUAAUGUUGAAACCGUCAAUUAAUUAAGACCCUUUUCUUCUGGAUUCCUUUAGAGGUUGUGGUCGUCAAAAGCGGCGUAUAUCGAGGACAUAGUAAAAGAAUAAACAACUGUUUCAUUCUUGUUUACAUGACCCCAUGGUACAAACUACUUACAUUGUGGCCCCCUGGUUACGGUAACUAUGGCCGCUACUACUCUCUACAGUUGAUCGGUACACAAAACAAGUCCAGUUUGGACCGGACUGACAACAAUGCCCGGAGUUGUCGUGGCGGUAACAAGUCUUGUUUGCGGAGUCUUGAGUUGAAUAGACAUCCGUAGAAGUACCAAAAUCUCUUUCUUAAAGUGUCUUUCUGUAAGGAUCAGGUUGCGCCCUGACAGGGCAAGAUGUGACGAUUGGAUGCUUCCCCCUGUAACCAUCUUAAGUUUGUCCGACUUCCCCUGUUUCCUCGCGACUCAAGUCGACCCCAGUAACUCGCCCGACGCCUUGCAGCGAGCUCUAGAGAGGCGACAGGACCUACUCAACAGAUUAAGGGACGAAAAAUUGAACGAACCUAGAUCACCGUCUCCUAUGUACCGGCCAAGGUCAUAUGGGGGUCACAGACAUAGGAGACUACUAACGCCCAUCCGAACUGCCCGGUCUCUGCCUGACAUACAGGUAUACCGUCACGAUCCGAUGCCGCAUAGACAGAUAGUGGAGCAUCAAAUAACGUCACAGGUCCCUCCUCCACCACCUCCACCCCCUCCUCAACCAGUGGUACAGCCCAUCGUAAACCAGAUGCCGCAGCCAAUAGUGAACCAAGUACCGCCACAGCCGAUAGUCAACCAGAUCCCACCACAGAACCCGCUCAUUCACAACGUCUAUCCGCCGGGACCGCCGGAGACCAGGAAUUCUGCAUUCUUGAAUAGGAAUGACAUGGUAGACAUGAUGAUGAUGCAGAACGCACAGAUGCACCAGAUCGUCAUGCAGCAGAUGAUGUUCCAACACCUGCCCAUGAAGCAGCCGGGGCUGCAGCAGCCGCAGCAGGUGUCCAUGCCGGUGCAGGUGAUGCAAGAACCGCCGGCGCCGGUAGUGGUCCAGGCCCCGGGAGGGGGAGGUAAGCGUCCCCCAUCCGUACAUCAUCAUCAUCACUACUCCUCCGUGCAGCAGCCGGCGGUGCAGUACCAGGCAGCGCCGCAACCACAGCCUGUCGUCAGUCACAUCACACAACUCCCGCCGCUACAGCCGAGAAGGAUAUACCGAAACAUCCCUCCACCCCCGCCUCCAAGCGCAACACAAACGGUUGGUCCCGACUACCAACAACCCACAGUUAAGACUAGAACACCCGUCAGAAAGCGCAGUAAGAAGCCGCCGACCCCUACACCGACACCACGUCAGCCCACACCUGUGAGACCAAGAACCGUCACCACACCGCCAAAAACUAAAGAAACGCCCGCACCAAAGCCACCCACACCACAGCCUCCAGCGAGAAAAAUACCAUUUCCCGGACCUCCUGCCCUCCGGAAGCUAAGACAUAUCUUCUACGCCGCGUGGUUUGUAGCUUUUCUUAAGGCGCAGCAGAAGAAGAAUCGAGAGAAGAGAUUAGAAGAAGAGUUCCUGUUUGGUAUUCACCUAAAAGAAGCUGUGUCAGCAUUGCAUAGGAUAUACCUCAAUCCGGAAGGCCCUGUGAACGAGAUCUUGAGAACGGCUGUCUUGGAUGGAACCAUAGACACAAAGCGGGAUGCUCGUGGCACGGUUGUAGAGUUUGUUGACUCCAGACAAGCCAUUCCACAGAUCUGCUACAUCAUCGAAAAUCUCACCUACAACAUCACAGAGAUCAUGCCGGACAAGGGUGUUCUAGGAACCAACAAGAAAGCUUCGAUUUUCCAUUUGGUACAAGACAGGAAAACGUUCCCCAAAGGAUAUUUCUGGCAACUCGAAAGGGCUGAGCUGGAGUUUGACGCCCUUGAUAGAACAGUUCGAGUCAAUAAACGCAGAGCGGCCAUGCUGGUCAUUGGCAUGUACUUGUCAAGGGGACUCAUAACCACGUUGCUGAUGAAACCACUGGACUACGGUCUAUCCACUACGAUGUUGGACGAUGUUGGGGAGAGGAACUUGAAGCUGCUUGCCACACUCUUCCUAAAUCUCGUCCGGAGGGCGUCAGUGCCAGCGAAGGAACAGCCUUGGCCAGUGCCAGUGGAAUUGCAGCGCUUUAUCUUCUCGGAUGAAGAAAUGCGGCAGAUCUACAGCAACAGCAAAGUCAAGAAAAGUUUGGAGUAUGCAGAGAAACUCUUGCGAGACUGGGCGGAGGAAUACGUCAAGCGACUCAUGAAGGCCAGAGAUCCAGACGAUGAGUGAUAUGUUCAACAAUACGCUGUUGAAGCCUGACUAAAGUUCACGCUUCUGUUUCUACAUGUAAUAUCAAAUACUAUCAGAACAGGCCAAUAUGAAAGAUUUGCACCAAAAAGAGCAUGUGCACUGUGGUGCAUCCAAGUUUUUAUGUAAAUAUUGUACAGUCAUUCUUGUGCAUCAAAAGUAGCUGGGGUGGGGGUGAUAACUGAGAGGCUUUCUCCCAAAGCAAAGGAAUUUUAGCCACAAGCACAGGUUUUCUACUUGUAUAAGCCACAGUCCUGUACAUUACCGUUAUACAUACAAAUAUACGGCUUGUUUUCUUUUCAUUUUUGGUUACUUGGCACUAUUAUAACAUAGCAUUUCCAAUUUACGUCAUUGUUAUACGUGUACACUUUAAGAGCAAUUUGCCAUUAUGUACGAAUGCACUAAACAGUAUUUAUAGCACAUCACCAAGCACUUUUUUAUGCAUUUAUGAAAUGAGCCACAAGGUGGCGCUGUUCAUCAUUACACAUCAGUGCACUCUUGGCAAAAAAUGUAUA